GUUGGAAAGCACCGCGUAAGUGUCCUGUCGUGUACCAUCCCUGGAGUCUCAUCAAGCCAAGCACCAUGUCGAACGAGGAGCGCACUUUCAUUGCCAUCAAGCCAGAUGGCGUGCAGAGGGGGCUUGUGGGAGAUAUCAUCAAGAGAUUUGAGCAAAAGGGCUUCAAACUGGUGGGGAUGAAAUUCAUCCAGGCUCCAGAGUCUCUGCUGAGGGAACACUAUGCUGACCUGAAGGAAAGGCCCUUCUUCCCAGGCCUUGUCAGUUACAUGGCCUCCGGACCUGUGGUGGCCAUGGUAUGGGAAGGGUUAAAUGCGGUGAAGACUGGAAGAGUGAUGCUGGGAGAGACCAACCCUGCAGACUCCAAACCCGGCACAAUCCGAGGCGACUUCUGCAUCCAAGUGGGCAGGAACAUCAUUCAUGGCAGUGAUUCUGUAGACAGUGCCAAUACAGAAAUCAGCCUGUGGUUCAAACCUGAUGAGCUGUGCUGCUACACUAGCUGUGCUAAUGAAUGGAUCUACUGAGGACCUGAAGUUACCACUGGGAACAAGUCUAGGAUUUAGUUCACUAUCUAGACAGCCUAACGAUUAGGGGUCUUACUGGAGUGGGAAGUGUGAAACCGAACAUAUGUCCGCAACUAGGAACAACUUCAUCAAUUUCUUCCAGGACCACUGUACUUUCUAUUCAUUAAUGGUACCGGUCUGUUACUGGUCCAUUCAUUCCAGGUUCCACUCAUUUCUCGAUUUGCAGUUGUCACCGUGAAUUGUUUGACUGUUUUGUUUAACCAUGCUUUCCAAUAAAAACCUUGCAACC